GGUCACUACUCUACAUAUCGAUAAUUUUCAACAUACCUGAAAAUCUACAGAGCUAUUUUAUUCGAGUGAAGCAGUGAAGCUACAAGGAAAAUAUAUACUUACCACUCGCUAUGAAACUUGAGCAAAGUAUAUUAAACUUUUCCAUUGUGAAGAAAGCAUUUGAGCAGCUGCACAGUUAAACCCAAUAAGGUGAUGGAAGUUUGUUCAGAAUUUCACUGAUGCUUGAUUUACUGCCUCGACUUUGAAAGCAGUGUGGGCUGGACAAUGGAAUAAAAUGUCCCUUGUUAUCGGAAUGGUGCACUAAGAUAAACUUUCAGACGCUGAGACAAAAGCUACUGCAGGGAGCAGACCGUGUGCUAAUCACGCAUUCUUGUGGUAAAAUCAGAUGCUGAGAUAUAACCACUGACUCAUAACCUUCUAACACCACAUAUCUCGAUCCAUGCAUUGGCUUCAGUCCAACCCGAAGUUGGAGAGAGCCUUACCAUCAGGAGCAACUGAACUUUUCCUGCAUUUGUCAGUGCAACGUGGGCUGUGAGACAUAGGAAGCAAUUCAGAGCCUUAUCAUUGAGUCACAGAAGGAAAACAAACUCUUGGCAACAUUACAUAAAGCCAGUGAACUGUCAGAAUAACUGUCAGGAGAAGCAGUAACUCUUUUUAUCCCGAAUGCAUGACCAAGUAAUUGAAUAGUCAAAGAACCAGAGACAGAAGAGAAGUUGGUUACAGACUGGAAUCUUUUCCUAUUCUUUCCCCUGCAACAUACUCAGUUUUAUGAAGAGUUCAGUUGCAGUUGGAAGCCUUCAGAAUGCUAUCGAGCUAUUUGUCAUUUGUGAGUUGUGUUUGUGUUUUCCUGGCUGUGUCAGGGUACAGCUCUUACAAUAAAGCCACAGACAAUUCAGAUAAGCACCAUCAUCGGAUUCAGCAUGGGCCGUGCAGCUACACAUUUCUCCUUCCAGAGAUCGAGAACUGCCAACCUACCACAGAUUACCACAUGUCCAAUUCACUCCAGGGAGACGCUCCUCCAGUAGUGGAGCCCAACUGGUCUCUACAGCGGCUGCAGCAACUUGAAGGCAUCUUGGAAAACAACACGCAGUGGCUGCAAAAGCUUGAAAAUUAUAUUCAGGACAGCGUGAAGACUGAGAUAGUGGAGAUCCAGCGAAAUGCGGUGCAGAACCAAACUGCAGCCAUGUUGGAAAUAGGAACUAAUCUCCUGACUCAAACUGCAGAACAAACUCGCAAGCUCACCGAUGUGGAAACACAGGUUCUGAAUCAAACAUCACGGCUUGAAAUCCAGCUGCUGGAGAAUUCGCUUUCAACAAACAAACUGGAGAAACAAAUCAUGGUGCAGACGCAGGAAAUUACCAAACUCCAUGAAAAGAACAGCUUUCUAGAGCAGAAAGUUCUGGAAAUGGAAGGUAAACAUGAAACUGAGCUUCAAUCAAUAAAAGCAGAGAAGCUGGAGAUGCAGGACCUGUUGGUGAAGCAGAGUACAAUUAUUGGGGAACUGGAGAAGCAGCUGAAUGUAGCCACACAGAACAACAGUGUACUACAGAGCCAGCAGCUUUUAUUAAUGGAGACAGUUCACAAUCUGCUGAAUAUGGUUUCCCAUGGCAACGAAAUUCAACAGAUUGCCAAAGAUCAAGUUACAUUUAAAGACUGUGCUGAAGUGUACAAAUCAGGAUUUACUACAAGUGGAGUCUAUACGCUACAUAUCAUCAACACAACAGAAACAGUGAAGGGCUUUGGAGACCCCUCGGGUGAAUAUUGGCUCGGAAAUGAAUUUGUUCACCUUCUAACCAGCCAGUCUCCUCAUGUUCUCCGCAUUCAGCUGAAAGACUGGAAUGGAAAUGAAGCAUUUGCUACCUUUGACCAUUUCUUUCUGGGAAGUGAGGAGCAAAAAUAUCAGCUCCACAUAAAGGGUUACAGUGGAACAGCCGGGAGAACCAGCAGCCUCAGCCCCUCUGGUACAAAAUUUAGCACCAAGGAUGCUGACAAUGAUGAAUGUGGCUGUAAAUGCUCCCAGAUGGCAUCUGGAGGAUGGUGGUUUCAGGCCUGUGGCCCUUCUAACUUGAAUGGUAUGUAUUACUCAGGCGGGAUGAACACAAUUCGCUUUAAUGGGAUCAAGUGGCACUACUGGAAAGGUUCACAUUAUUCCCUCAAGUCCACCACAAUGAUGAUCCGGCCUGUAGCUUUCUGAGCAAUGCAUCGGCAUUGCUUUUCGGAGCAGCUCAUGGAAUUCACCAUCACAUGUACAGGAUAUUGUGCAUCCGCCGCAUAACCACUGAUAAAAGAUUUUUUUUUAAUUGUUUAGUGCACACUGGUGGGAUAUAAAUAUUAAAGGCUUCACCACCACAGCUAUAAACAUUCAGCCUGCAGUUUGCUACAAAAUAUUUUUUUUGAUAAAAGCUUUGCUGCAUUACUUCAGUGGUGAAAAGAUUGACAAGGACACUCUCGGCGGAAAGCUAGAAGGAGAAUAUUAAGUGACUUGCCAUUGAACUAGUUCAUGAAAAAGAAAAUCCCCUUGGGCCUUCUCCUGUUCAACUCGAAUGAUGCAAAGUAUGUGUUGCCCAUUGACAUAAUCUAGAUUCAGGGCAAAGUAUAUCUGAAAGUCUUCAUUCUUUGUCAGCUGCCUUCAAUGCUGUCUUCAAUACAUCAAGCUUCACAUCUACUUUCUCCUUCAGUAGCUUCUGAGGCAUAUGACCAUUGCAAAAGCAAACAAUAGUGUGAAGGUAACAUGUUUAAUUAUUUAACGUAAAGAAAGUAUCUUGUUGUGCUUCCCCAGUAAAUUCUUUGAGAGAAGAGAGAUCAUUGCAUAUUUACAUCAUUAUGUUUACCUGUCUAUUGGUCUUCCAUAUUUUUGAGGACAGCCUGUUUCUGGGUAGGCUAAGUUACUACGGCAGCCAACAUAUACAGUCUGUUCCAAAAAAAACUCCAAUUGUUUGUUGGCUAUUACUGCCUAUUUGCAUUCUAACAGAUGUUCUAUUUUCUGCAUGCCCAGCUGUUUGUAUCACUGCGCUUUUGACAUCUUUGUUUUUUUUUUCAUUAUAGUGAUGAUUAAAUCUGCUGUAUGUGGAAAGCCUGAUGCCAGACCUCUGUAUAAAAACAUGGUUAAAUAUCUUUCAGUGCAUGAAGCCUUGGUCACUUUAUUCUUUUGCAAUGAGUCUCUGUUGGACAAUUUACUGUGAAAGCUUCUACUGCAUGUAUUGGUACUGAGGAAGCCUAUCUAGUUCAACUGCGGUCCCGUUUUGAGAGAUCAUUGCUUUUGCAGUGCACAGCUGGUUCUAAAAUUGGUAAUUGUGCCUCUGACAAUUACUCGUUGCUCCUCACAUUCUCAUCAAUCAAAAAGCCAAAAACUGGGGGAAAGGGCGAAGGUUAUUAUCAUGAUCAAAAUAUGGAAUGAAAUUCAAACUUUCCCAAAAAAAUUUGGUUUCACUUGGGAUGGUUGCAUCUGGCUACACUCUCUUAAAUCAUUUAACUUUUGCUUGCAUACCAGCCCCUUUAUUGUUGCAACAAAUGUGGGCCACCUGUGGUUUUAGUAUAGUACUGUGAAUGUGGAAAAUACAUAAUUUUGACCGCUUAAGAGCACACAAAUUCUGAAUCGUCCUAAGUAGCAAAUCAAAAUAAUGCUCAUAAGACACUAAAGGCGAACAAGUACCUUUUGUAAGAGAGAAGGAACAAACAUUGCAUGAGAUCCAAGAUCUUUUGAUUUUAUUCUUUUGGUCAGUAAAAGUAAAAACAAACCUAUUUCUUCCAUAGAUAGUAGGAACUGUAGAUGCUGGAGAAUCUGAGAUAACAAGGUGUAG